AGGGAGGGUGCAGAAGAUAAGAUUCAUCGUGGUAUGAUGCGCAAUGUGCUGGUGGUCAUGGAUUUGUCUCAGGCGAUGGCAAUCGCAGAUAUCAAGCCCAGCCGUUUGGAGUGUGCUACUAAGUACAUCGAGAAGUUCAUCGUCGAGUUCUUCGAUCACAAUCCCAUCUCCCAAUUAGGUCUCAUUGCAACAAAGGACGGGCGCGCAGACCGCCUGACUGAAUUGAGUUCUGGCGUACAAAGACAUCGAGAAGCCCUCAAAGCUGUGGCUACCUACAAAAAUCUCGGUGGCGAACCAUCACUGCAGAACUCCUUAGAACUGGCACGACGCACGUUGCG